GUAGUAAUAUGCUUUUCUCUUCUCCUUUGCUUAGCACAAUCAACUUUCAUUUUCUCUCUGUAAAAUGCUGUGAAGAAAACCUUCAUUCUCUCUCUCUCUCUCUCUCUCUCUCUUCGUACCAAAAUGGCGGAACCACCACCAAACCCUAAACCUCGCCGCCUUACCCAAUGCUACCGCCACCCAAAUCUCCCUACAACCACCGGUCUUUGUGCGCCAUGUCUUCGCGAACGACUCUCUCUCCUCAACCCUUCUCCUCCAUGCGCAGAACCUUCCACUUCUUCUUCAUGCUCCGGAGUAAUUCCGGAGCUCCGGCGAUGCAAGACUUUUUCGGCAAAAAAUUGUGAUGUUGUCGGAAUGGAAGAACCUCGUCGAAGAUCUUGCGAUGUUCGCGGUCGUAACUCUCUUUCCUGUUUGUUUGAUAUCGACGAUCAUGAUAAUGUAGGGGACGCCGUCGUUUCGGUUGAAUCGAGAAAUUUAGGGUUUCUGAAGGAGGAAGAGGAAGAAAGGGAAGAAGUUGAAGUAGAAUCUGAAGUUAGGGUUUCUGAUUUUGGAAAUGUGGAUCAUGAGUUUGAGGAAUCUAAGACUAUGGAAGAGUUAAUAGAUAUUGAACUGAAAAGUAGUAAUAGUAAAAAGAAGGACUUAAAAGAAAUUGCUGGUAGUUUUUGGAUUGCUGCAUCUGUAUUUAGUAAGAAGUUUCGAAAAUGGGGGAAAAAGCAGAAGAAAGAGCGUGAGUGUAAUGAGAAUAAUGCUGGUUUGGGGGAGAUGAAGCUUGAGAAUUUGAGAGGUCGGAGAUUGAGGGACACUCAAUCAGAAGUUGGUGAAUAUGGUUUAGGAAGAAGGUCAUGUGAUACGGAUCCUCGAGGUUCAAUUGAUUUUGGGAGAGCAUCGGUUGAUUGUGGUGGAUUUGGUAGGAGGUCAUGUGACACAGAUCCUAGGUUUUCAAUUGAUUUAGGGAGGGCAUCUGUUGAUUGUGGUAGGAUAUCGUUUGAUGAGCAUGGAAGGAAUGAGUUUCAGGCUCCUAGAGUGUCUUGGGACGGGUAUUUACUCGGUGGGAGAGCUGCAUUGCCAGGUGGAAACCCGAAUGUGAAUAGUGCACCCAUAGUAUCAGUCAUAGAAAAUGCUAUGGCUACGGUGUAUGGGUUUGACAAUCGAAUGUUGAGUGAAGGGAAGAUGAAGGUGGAGAAUGGGAUUGAUAAAGAGAGGUGGAGGAAUGGGUUUGAUAGGUUUAGUUCGGUUAGGAGGGAAGCCAUGGUGGUUGAAGAUUGUGAACCGAAAGGAUUGUCAAAUGCUAGGGCUUCACCUGCUGCUAUUGGGACAUUCAAUGAGUCUAAGUUACUAAUCUCUGAGAAAGAGUUGAACGAGUGGAGGUUGAAGUCCAUUUCCACCAGGGAUGAUAACAGCUCAGAGAGCUUUGAGACAGCUUCAAAAGACCUUGCUUCGGUUUCCAGUAGUAGUAAUGGGAAUGGUUUCAAGAAAUGCCGGCAAUGGAGCAAGCUGUGGAGUAUUUGGGGUUUAUUAAACCGUAAAAAGGGCGAUAAAUUUAGGAACGAAGGUGAAAGGGAGUAUCUAGAGAACCCUGAUGCCGAAUCUAUGUACGAUAGUUCUAGGAAACUAACACGAAGCCAAAGCAAUUCGAGCUUGAGGAGCUCAUCCAUGGUAGUCGGAUCAGCUAGUGGAAUGACCGGUAGAAACGAAUCGAAGGCCAUUGUUAAGAGUAGGCAGGAAGCUGUAGUUUUAUCGAGGAAUCGAAGUGCCCGGUACUCACCUAAUCACCUUGAUAACGGUUUGCUAAGAUUCUAUUUGACACCUUUGAGGAGCCGUAGGAGAAAUAGGGUAGGUAAAAGUAGGAUGAAGAAUUCAAAAUCCUUGGCUAGAAGUGUACUAAGAUUGUAGAACUGAAACAGUAGAUCAGAGCAGUUCAUGUUGAUAUAAGAAUCUGCAGUGCAGAUCAUUUUGUAAAGACACUUGUAAUUUGUUUAAUCUUUGCUUUCAUGAUAAAAGUUACUAUUAUUACCUUGUACAACACUUUGAUGAUGCAUUUUUACAUUUACAUGAUCAAUUUGUCAAUUACUCUAUGCUAAUAAUUGUUCUUUUGUGUUG